AUGACGCCAGGAGCUGUCCACGGUUACAACUCGGUGGAAACUAUAAGUAGGGAACUGUUGGGGAACUGCCUUCCUGAAGACACGAGAAGUCGAGGCGCCAUCGGAAACAACCAGAACUGGAGGAGUGAAUUACACGGUGGCUGGCGUCAUUUGGGCCAUGGCAGCGGCGCUAGCCUGCUGAGAAAGCUCGACACGUGCCUCUGCUUAACCCCAUGCGACUGGCUACCGGCCCAGAGCCGCCGGAUGCCGCGACCACCCCGGCGGACUUCCGGCYCGCAGAGUUCCCAGAACGCCUUGCGCAGCCCUGGCGGGAAAGGCGACGUCCUUCCGGAGUCCAAGCGCCGCUGUAGCGCCCCGGAGACCGUUGAAGGAGAGCGCAUGCGCGUGUGUCAGAGCGCGUGCCGGGCGAGUGCAUUGGUAUUUCCCAGUAAGAUAUCAACUGAGCAGCAGUCUUUGGUAUUAGUGAAGAGACUGUUAGCAGUUUCAGUAUCCUGCAUCACGUAUUUGAGAGGAAUAUUUCCAGAGUGUGCUUAUGGAACAAGAUAUCUAGAUGGUAAUCUCUUUGAUAAGAAGGUUGCUUUGCUGGGCACAGUGGCACACACCUCUGAUCUCAGCAAUUGUAGAGGAUCUCAACUUCAAAGCCUGCAUCAGAUGCUAGGAUGCUAUGAUGCUUUACAGAAAAAAUAUCUAAGGAUGGUGGUUCUAGCUGUAUACACCAAUCCAGAAGACCCUCAGACAAUUUCAGAAUGUUACCAGUUUAAGUUCAAGUACACAAAAAAUGGACCAAUCAUGGACUUUAUAAGUAAAAAUCAAAGCAAUGAAUCUAGCAUGUCAUCCGCUGAUACCAAGAAAGCAAGUAUUCUCCUCAUUCGCAAGAUUUAUAUUCUAAUGCAAAAUCUGGGACCUUUACCUAAUGAUGUUUGUUUGACCAUGAAACUUUUUUACUACGAUGAAGUUACACCCCCAGACUACCAGCCUCCUGGUUUUAAGGAUGGUGAUUGUGAAGGAGUAAUAUUUGAAGGGGAGCCUAUGUACUUAAAUGUGGGAGAAGUCCCAACACCUUUUCACACCUUCAAAGUAAAAGUGACCACUGAGAAAGAACGAAUGGAAAAUAUUGAUUCAGCUAUACUAUCACCAAAACAAUUGAAAACACCACUUCAAAAAAUCCUAAUGGACAAAGAUGAUUUAGAAGAUGACCAAGAACAUUAUAUAAGUGAUGAUUUUGACUUUGAAACUAAAAUGGAAGAGCAGAAAAAAAACUCUGGAGUUUCUGAAGUUGGAGAACCAAAUUUAGUUUGUGAGGAAGAUGAAAUUAUGAGGUGUAAAGAAAGUCCAGAUCUUUCAAUUUCUCAUUCUCAGGUUGAGCAGUUAGUUAGUAAAACAUCUGAACUUGAUGUGUCUGAAAGCAAAACAAGAAGUGGAAAAGUCUUUCAGAAUAAAAUGGCAAAUGGAAAUCCACCAGUAAAAUCUUCUAAAGAAAAUCGGAAGAGAAAUCAACCUGAAUCUGGGAAAACAGUUCUCCAUCACUUUGAUUCUUCUAGUCAAGAGUCAGUACCAAAAAGGAGGAAAUUUAGUGAACCAAAGGAACAUAUGUAA